AUGACUUCAAAAGAACAACAAGAUUAUAACAAUCACAAUCAUAGUAAUAAUAACGAUAAUAAGGAUACUUCAAGAAUGGAUAGUGAUAUGAUGAUGAUGGCGGCAACAUUACCAAUAAUGUCACCAAAUGUAGAGUCAGAGAGGAUAAACCAACUGCUGACAGAGGCCAUCAGAAUGAUCUUUAGUCAGGUGGAGGAACUCAAGAACAAGAUGUCUGCCAAUCAGUCAAAGAGCAAUGAACUGCUGAACCAGAGUCUUCGCAAUCUCAACGCAAAGGAUGAACGGAUUACUCAGCUCAAGCAGAGACCUGCUGAACCACAACAACCUGUAAUCCCAAACAAAGAAGACAAGGCAACAGAUGAUGGGGAUGAGACACAGACUACCGACUCAAACAAGGAGCAGCAACAGCAACAACUUGAAGAGUACUACCAAAAGAUUGUAAGAUAUGAGGAAGAGGUCAAAGAGUUGAACGAGAAGGUAGAUUCACUUCAAAAGAUUGUAUUGAUGUUUCAGAGGAGCAAUAACAAACUGACGGCCGAUUAUGCAGAGGUGACAACAUCGCUCGAACAUCUGGUCGCCAAGGGCAGAGCACAAACGCAAACACUGAUGAUGGAGAGAAACCAUUUGGAACAAUAUAGACUCCAGCUGUCGGAGCAACAGAAUGCCAACCAGCGACUGCGCCAGGAGAAUACUCAACUCAAGAUAAAGAUGAAGGAGAUGCUGACGCUGUUGCAAUGCGCUGCCGAGGAGGACGAUCCCAACCAGCAGCUGGUCAGCCAACUGUUGACCGAGAAUGCAGCACUGCGCAAGAUGUUACAUAUAUCACAGUCGUUUGCCGGAAACAAUACGCCAAUCGAUACUCUGUUGCUGGAUCAACAAGAUCAACAUCAACAAGAACAAGAACAAGAACAAGGACCAGAACAAUCACAAUCACAUGAUGGACAAGAUGAAGAGACAAGCGAGCAUAACAGU